AGUAGAGUGUGCAAAAUAUUUGAUAAGGCAAACGAAAACAACGCUUUGUUUGUAAAAAUACAAAAACAAUUCUAUCAAGGUCACGCGAUGUGAAUAAAAGCGCAUUGGAUAAACAACCACUGUUUACAUUAAAGCUUCAUUUGGUAGUCUAAAGGUCAGCUCAAGUUUCGGAGACUUCCCGCUGGACAUUCAUGUACAUUCAUAUCGCUGGGCCAGGCAGUGGCGCGAUUUGAAUUGGCAGCGAAUUUCAUUUCCCAGAUUGCAAGCGAACGCACAAGUAAGAGGAGAAAAAGAUGAAGCACAACGGCAUCUAUCAAGUGCUGCUCUUUGUAUGCAUAUUAAGCGUAGCACAUUGUUUGUGGCCAUUUAGCAAAAAGGCGACGGCAAAACCAAAGCCACCACCGCCCAGAGUCCCUCAGCUGUCGCCCGUUAUAUUUGUGCCUGGUGAUGGUGGCUCCCAGAUGGAGGCAAGAUUGAGCAAAUCAAGUGCACCAUAUUUUAUUUGCGAAAAGAAUCAUGAUUGGUAUAAUCUCUGGUUGGAUCUGGAGCAACUGGUCAUACCAAUGGUCUAUUGCUGGAUAGAUAAUGUAAAACUUUACUAUGAUACAGUCACACGCACUACACACAAUACACCUGGCGUGGAAACUCGCAUUCCUGGCUGGGGUGAUCCAUUUGUUGUGGAAUGGAUUGAUCCUACAAAGAAUAAAGCGGGCGCUUACUUCAAGGACAUAUCCGAUUUAUUGGUAGACAUGGGCUAUGUGCGCAGACAGAAUAUUAAAGGAGCACCUUAUGAUUUUCGAAGAGCGCCAAAUGAGAACAAGCAGUUUUUCAUUGACCUCAAGCAGCUAGUCGAGGACACUUAUGAGGCCAACAAUAAAACGGCAGUGACCUUCAUAACACACAGCAUGGGCAGCCCCAUGACCUUGGUAUUCCUGCAACAGCAAACACUCGAGUGGAAGUCGCAGUACGUGCAACGACAAAUAAGUUUGGCAGGCGCCUGGGCAGGCAGUAUUAAGGCAGUUAAAGUGUUUGCCAUGGGCGACGACUUGGAUUCCUUUGCAUUGAGCGCUAAAAUACUUAAAGAAGAACAAAUCUCACAUCCUUCCACGGCCUGGUUGCUGCCCUCGCCGCUAUUCUGGAAACCCUCAGAGGUGCUAGCAGCUACACCCUCACGUAAUUAUACAAUGGCACAAAUGGAGCACUUCUUCAGAGAUAUAGGCUAUAUGACGGGCUGGGAAAUGCGUAAGGAUACCAUACGCUAUACAGAGAACUUUAGUCCGCCAGAUGUGGAGCUGCACUGCCUGUAUGGUGAUGGUGUAAGCACAGUGGAGAGCUUGGUAUACAAAAAGGACAACAUUGCCGGGGAAACUCCGAAAUUGGUAAUGGGUGUAGGAGAUGGUACCGUCAAUCAACGCUCACUCCGCGCCUGUCAACACUGGGUGGGGUAUACUCAAUCACCUAUUGCUAAUUUGGCACUGCCAGGUGUCGAUCAUAUGAGCAUUCUGAACAAUAAUGACGUUUUGCGUUAUAUACGCACAGUUAUGCAGCAGCUACACUAAAUAUUUAAGCUUGACUUUGUAACUGCAUUUCCCCUUUAAAUUUGGUAGCUAUUAGAUAUAGACAGAUUAAUAGUUAAAAUGUUAAAUAAAAGAUUAGUUCGAAUACAA